GGUGGGACGAAGUUAUGUUAUUGACAGCCCCUCAGAUGUGGAUGGACGUCGAAUGAAUGGACCUAACAGCAGACUUAAUAAAGCAAAGAAUAGCGUGUCACUGCUUGAUUUGGCUGUCAGUGGAUCUGAUUCAAAUCCUGAAAAAAGGCUAGCAACAUGCGUGAGCGGAUUGUUGCCCUUGUGGAUAUGGACUGCUUCUUCUGCCAAGUCGAGCAGAGGAUCAACCCUGAGCUGAAGGGGAAACCUGUAGCUGUGGUCCAAUAUAACAAAUGGAGAGGAGGAGGGAUCAUUGCUGUGAAUUAUGAAGCUCGAGCCUGUGGAGUUACCAGACACAUGAGAGGCGAUGAAGCUAAAGAAAAGUGUCCUGAAAUAAAUUUGGUUCACGUUCCGUCCAUUAACGAUAAAGCAGACACCUCAAGAUAUCGGGAAGCUGGGAAAGAAGUUAUCAAUGUGAUUUGCCAGUUCAACUGUGCCGUCCAAAGAGCGAGUGUUGAUGAGGCAUUUUUAGACUUGACAGAAGCAGUUGACAAAAGAAUCGGUGGAGAAACUCAAGUCUCUGCAGAUCACUUGCCUUCGACACAUGUUGUCGGUUUUGAGUCGCAACUAGAAAAUAAAGAAGAAGGGAGGAGUGAGGCCGUUCAGGAAUGGCUGAGGAAAAGUGAUGCCUCGUCAGAGGAUGAUCAUGAUUAUAGACUGGUCGUUGCAGCCAAGAUGGUCGAGGAGAUGAGAAGAGCAAUCUUCACGCAAACUGGAUUUACUUGUUCAGCAGGGAUUGCUCAUAAUAAGAUAUUGAGUAAGCUGGUGUGCGGGAUGCACAAGCCAAAUCAGCAGACGGUGCUUCCCAUAUCAAAAGUGCCGUUCCUCUACGAAACUCUUCCCGUGAAGAAAGUGCGUCUCUUGGGAGGCAAAUUAGGGGACACUCUGAUGGAAAAGCUCGGCAUUAAUUACAUGAGCGAGUUGGAAAAAUUUUCUGAGGCGGAGCUGUGCCAGAAAUUCGAGCAGAGAAACGGCCAGUGGUUGUACAACAUAGCCAGGGGAAUCGACAAUGAAGAGGUAGAGGCGAGGCUGAUCCCCAAGUCCAUAGGCUGCUGCAAACGCUUUCCAGGCAAGACUGCACUCAAGACUAAACAGGAACUCGAUCACUGGAUUCAGGAGCUGGCUGUUGAAGUGUGCGCACGGCUUGACAAAGACUACGAGGAGAAUUGUCGGAGGCCACGAAAUUUGGUGGUUCAAUGGAGCGUGGAAGUUGGUUCCAGCAAUUCUAAAACUGGAUUUCUGUCGCAUUUUGACCAACCGUGCCUUGCAAGAGAUGCUAUGAUUUUGCUUUGCAAAUCAAUUUCGAUAGAGAAUAACAAAGUGAAAGUGCCGAUUCAGUUCCUUGGUUUGAGCGUUGGAAAAUUCACCGAAGAGCGAAACAAAGCGAAUUCCAUCGCCAAAUUCUUCAAGCCAUCCAAUGCAUCCGAAACGAAAGUGAACGAAACGAUUGUGUCAGACCCACCAGUGCCUGAAGUUAAACAGGAAGCACCACUAAUCAAGACUGGACCUAUGUCCUUUUUCCUGCGAAACCUAAAGAAAAAAGAGCCUGAAAAGAACGACGAAAGAGUAGCAGAUCCGCAGAUGUCAGUUGAAACUGAUGAGGAUGAAAAAGAGCCUGUCAAGAGUGACAGUGACAAGGAUGAUGAGAAGGAUAAGCGGUGUCAAGACGAGGAAGAAGCUGAAGCUCCGUGUCCACAGUGUGGGAAAAGUGUCAAAAUUUUGGACAUGAGUGAGCACCUUGAUCACCAUGUUGCCCAGGAACUGCACAAAGAGCUCAACCAGUCUGUAACACCUGCCAUUCCGCCUCAGCCUUCCACUUCAGCUUUGCCAAAAAAGAGAAAGUAUACAAAGUCGAAAAACCAAAGUGCCGGUGGAGAUGCCAAAAAAAUUAGAAGCAUUCAGUCCUUUUUCAACAAAAAGUAGGUGUAAUCAUUUUGACUGUUUGUAUUAAUGUGAUUUUUUAAACCAUAUAUUGAAUAAUAAUUUCACUUAUUUAUGAAUAUUUGGA